GGACAGAGACCACGAAAGAUAUGGACUUCGAUGAUGAGGACUCACAGGAGUACAGAGACGUGCAGAGCACCCUUCCGGACGGAUACACCAUUCGCAAGGUCGCCAUCGACAGGAAAACCGCGCGCAAGUACCGUCUCACAAUAGCCGUUACCUCUGCUGGUGAUGCGGACCGGCUGAAGUGGCGCAGCCGAUGGAUCACAAAGGGGAAACCGCGUGCGCGGCUGGCUUCUGCCGAGCGUGAGUGCAUCGAUGAGCUGUCGCUCUUGACAUGGUUGGACCUUCAGGCAAUGAGCGCUACUGCUGAGGGUGUGCCAAGCGCACCUACGCGCGACGGCAUGCUGCGAGAUGCAGCCCCAGAACCUGGUUCUCUCAAAGAACCUGGCGUUGGAGGCACACGGAAGAGGCCGCGCAACGCAUGUUGGGGUGGCACCAGAGAGGGCGCUGGACGAAUGAAGGGGAGCGUCGGCAAGAGGGCCACACGGGAGCGAGCUAUUGCCUUGCGGCAGCAACUCACGCAGGCCAUCCCCGACGCUUUUGAACUCUCCUGUUGGCAGCUGGAGGAAGCCUUGGCAGUGUGGAAGGAGAUCGAGCCUGAGCUUGUCGACAAGGCCAGGAAGAAAUUCCUGAACAAGGGGUACAGCCAAUCGCAGGCGCUGAAAAAGAUGAAGCGCGCUCGAGAUGCGGAAGCGAGGGUGGUGAUGAGGGAUGUGGUGGCCCACGAUUUUCGUGAAGAGCAGCUGAAGUACUUUGCGAAGGUCAGGAGGGACGCUGCGGUGGUCAUCAGCGCAUCAGCAGUCGAGGAGGAGGAUGAUGUCCCUUCUGCAGCCAAGAGCCUGUCCAACUACCAGCGAGGAGAGAUUGUUGUGCAUGCACUCACCUUGGCGGAACUGUACAGACAACAGAACGACGGCGUCGAUCGCGAGACCGCUCUACAGAUGGCGGCAGAGACGGGAUUUUGUACCCCCGACACCGUGCGCGAGUGGGAAAGAAGUUUCCUCGCGCGCGGUCACAUCAAGGUCUCUGCAGCGGGGCGCUUUCAGCGGAACUUUCUCUUGGGGCUCGACAACAGCAUACUCACCGAGUGCAAGGACUGGACGCGCGCUUGGGGUGGGAUACUCAAGGGACAGGCGAACAAAACAGCCGAGGACUUCCGCCAGUUCGUCAACACCGACAUCAUGCCCAAGAUUGAGGCGCUGAUGACGCCUGACUACGACCCUUUCAAGGGGCUGCGAGUCAACCUGGUGGAAGUAAAAAAGGGUGAGCCCAAGAAGCGACACAUUUCGAUUUGGACUGCAACAGCGUGGCUAAAAAAGCUUGGGUGCGAGUACCACCAAGGCAAGGGUGGCUUGUACUUCGAUGGGCACGAUGACGAGAAGGUCUUGGAGUACCGAAACGACACGUACCUUCCGGAGCUUUUCAAGACCCGCGACUACAUGGAGGUUUGGAUUCCGAUGGAGGAACGAGUGACGAGCAAGCUACGGUACGAGGACGGCAAGAUGGCGCUUCUCUGCUACCAGGACGAGAGCAUCUUCAGAGCCAACGACGACCAAAAAGCCGCGUGGUGGGCGCCAGACGUGCACGUGGUGAGGAAGAAAUCGCCCGGGCAGGGUAUCAUGGUGUCGGGAACCAUCAUUCACAACGUUGGAUUCGUCUCGGCCACGAAGCGGGAGAUCAAGUCCGCCGAGCAGCUCCGCAGGAAGCGUUGCAACGCCUCGGCUGCUGCAGCUAAGCGAGGGGAGAACGUGAAAGUCGAGGUUUACCGGCGGAUCGACAAGCUGUACGUCGACGAGGAAGGCAACUACUGGUCUUACCACCUCUUUGAGUAUGGCAAGAACAAGGAGGGGUACUGGACUGGCCUCAAGAUGCUCGACCACAUGUCGGACGUCAUCGACAUGCUUGCGAUCAAGUACCCCAACCACAAACCAGUGGGGCUGUUCGACUGGUCGUCCUGCCACGACUGCUUGGAGGAAGGCGCACCAACGGUGAAAAGGAUGAACGUGGGACACGGUGGGAAGAGGCAGGGAGAAGAGAUCGCCGGGAUGGAUGCCGUUACCCUGAGGGAAGACACCCCUAACCUCGGAAAGGGCUCCAUCCAGCACUUGGUUUUUCAACCAGGAGACGACCCCCCGAUGUACGCUCCGCAUCUAGCGCCGGCGGAGUACGUAGGGAAGCUGAAAGGCAUGCGGCAGAUCUUGUGGGAGAGGGGGCUCCUGAAGGACGGCAUGAGCAAGUCGGGGGGCAGCGGCACGAAGCAGGACCUCAGCAUGAGCAUGGAGCACGUCCUGGGCGAGCAGAAGGACUUUAAGGAAGUGGAGUCCAGCCUAGCGCUCCUGAUGGCGCGCCACGGGGGGUUCUGUAUCAUGCUCCCCAAGUACCACUGCGAGUGCAACCCCAUAGAGCUAGUUUGGGGCCGCGCCAAGGACUGGACACGCAAGCAUUGCAACUACUCAUUAGAUGCACUGCGGGAAAACGUGCCGUUGAGCUUUAGAGUAGAGCCUGAUAGGCAAGCCGUGGGAACGGUGCAGGCGUACUGCAAGAAGUCGUACACACAUAAUUUGGUGUACCGUGAUACGCGUGCUGUAGGGCCUGAGGGAGAGAAACACUACCAAACGUACAAAUCGCACAGGCGCCCAGCACCAUCUGAGUACAAGCUCAAGGCUGCGAAUGCCCCCUAA